AAAAACCUGCCAACCGUCGAAUGACACAGAGAGAUUGAGUGAGACGACGAAAGGCGUUAUCCGCAGUGACGGCCACACACCUCACUCCGUCAUUCCCUUCUCGCCACGUGUCCUCCGAAACUUCCGUUUCCACCAGAUAGCCCCGUCCCCACCCUGUACCCUCCCACACACGCUCUCUCCCUUAUCGCUUUCGUAUAUAUCUACCCACUGCAGCAACUGGGCUCCUCCUCGAAUCCAGCAAUUUCUCACCUCAGCUGAUCCCUUAUAUCUCUUAUUGAUGCUCUUGUAAUCUCACUCGUCAAGCUUAAAUUUUUAUGGUUUUCUUGUAGUAAAUUUUGUGGGUUGAGCGAGAGAGGGAGAGAGAGAUGGAUCACGCAGCAGAUGCCCACCGGACCGAUUUGAUGACCAUAACGAGGUUUGUAUUGAAUGAGCAAUCAAAGCACCCGGCUUCUCGUGGGGAUUUCACUAUCUUGCUCAAUCAUAUUGUUCUUGGCUGCAAAUUCGUUUGCUCAGCUGUUAACAAGGCGGGUCUCGCCAAGCUUAUUGGACUUGCUGGGGAGACAAAUGUUCAGGGUGAAGAGCAAAAGAAACUGGAUGUGCUUUCAAAUGAAGUAUUCAUCAAGGCUUUAGUAAGCAGUGGACGAACAUGCAUACUUGUCUCUGAAGAAGAUGAUGAGGCAAUAUUUGUGGAGCCUGGCAAGCGUGGAAAGUACUGCGUUGUGUUCGAUCCAUUGGAUGGAUCCUCCAACAUUGACUGUGGUGUUUCUAUUGGAACGAUCUUUGGGAUUUACAUGGUGAAACAUGGCAAUGAACCAACUCUAGAUGAUGUUUUGCAACCUGGAUCAAAUAUGGUUGCAGCUGGCUAUUGCAUGUAUGGAAGCUCUUGCAUGCUUGUGUUGAGCACUGGAAGUGGUGUUAACGGUUUUACCCUUGAUCCAUCUCUUGGGGAGUUCAUACUUACACAUCCUGAUAUUAAGAUUCCAAAGAAAGGAAAGAUUUAUUCAGUAAAUGAAGGAAAUGCUAAGAACUGGGAUGGUCCAACGGCCAAAUAUGUAGAAAGAUGCAAGUUCCCUAAGGAUGGUUCCUCACCGAAGUCUCUAAGAUACGUUGGAAGCAUGGUGGCUGAUGUCCAUCGCACAUUACUCUAUGGGGGGAUAUUUUUGUACCCUGCAGACAAGAAGAGUCCCAAUGGGAAGCUGCGUGUGCUGUAUGAAGUCUUUCCAAUGUCAUUUUUGAUGGAACAAGCAGGAGGUCAAUCAUUUACUGGCAAGCAACAGGCACUUCACUUGGUUCCAGAGAAGAUACACCAGCGAUCUCCAAUAUUUCUGGGCAGCUAUGAUGAUGUUGAGGAAAUCAAAGCACUCUAUGCUGCUGAAAAUGCAGAAGCUUAGAGUGCAGUAAGAAUCAUUCUCUUAUAUGUGGCCUUAUUAAUUGUAAUGUGGCUACUUGACCACUCUUCUAAUAUUAUAUUUAUAGGCUAAAAAUCUCUUUCUCAAGUUUCCUUCAAUAAGAUGGUAGUUUAUCGGUGAUAACUAGUUUUUGGUUAAUAUAUUUUAAAUAAUGUUAAAAUCAUUUUGUUGAA